AUGUUUGAGAGAGACAUGUCCCAGAGCACCCACAGGGCACCCCAGAGCACCUCCAGAGCACCCCAGACCACCCCCAGAGCACCUCCAGAGCACCCCAGACCACCCCCAGAGCACCUCCAAAGCACCCACAGAGCACCUCCAGAGCACCCACAGAACACCCACAGAGCACCCACAGAGCACCUCCAGAGCACCCCAGACCACCCCCAGAGCACCUCCAGAGCACCCACAGAGCACCUCCAGAGCACCCCAGACCACCCCCAGAGCACCUCCAGAGCACCCACAGAGCACCCACAGAGCACCUCCAGAGCACCCCAGAGCACCUCCAGAGCACCCCAGACCACCCCCAGAGCACCUCCAGAGCACCCACAGAGCACCUCCAGAGCACCCCAGACCACCCCCAGAGCACCUCCAGAGCACCCACAGAGCACCUCCAGAGCACCUCCAGAGCACCCCAGACCACCCCCAGAGCACCUCCAAAGCACCCACAGAGCACCUCCAGAGCACCUCCAGAGCACCCCAGACCACCCCCAGAGCACCCCAGAGCACACACAGAACACCCCAGAGCACCCACAGAGCACCCCAGAGCAUCCCCCAGAGCACCCCAGAGCACCCACAGAGCACCCACAGAGCACCUCCAGAGCACCCACAGAGCACCUCCAGAGCACCCCAAGAGCACCCCAGAGCACCCACAGAGCACCCCAGAGCACCUCCAAACCCCCCCCAGAGCGCCCUCAGAGCACCCCAGACCACCCCCAGAGCACCCACAGUGCACCUCCAGAGCACCCACAGUGCACCCCAGAGCACCCCAAGAGCACCUCCAAACCCUCCCCAGAGCGUCCCCAUGGCACCCACAGAGCGACCCCCCAGAGCGACCCCAGAGCAUCCCCAGAGCACCCCAGAGCACCCACAGAGUACCCCAAGAGCACCUCCAGAGCAAUCCCCAGAGCGCCUCCAGAGCGUCCCCAGAGCACCUCCAGAGCACCCCCAGAGCGUCCCCAGAGCACCUCCAGAGCACCCCCAGAGCGUCCCCAGAGCACCCACAGAGCACCCUCAGAGCGCCUCAAGAGCGACCCCCCAGAGCACUCCAGAGCACCCAUAGAGCACCUCCAGAGUGCCCCAAGAGCACCUCCAGAGCGCCCCCAGAGCGACCCCCCAGAGCGCCUCCAGAGCACCUCCAGAGCACCCCAGAGCACCUCCAGAGCGCCCCCCGUCUUCUCUGCAAGGACAGAACCCUCCUGUGGGCUGAGACACAUCCAUUUGAGAUCAUAA